AUGGCCUCCAAAACCAUCCCCAUCGUCGACUCCCACAUCCACCUCUUCCCCGCCGACGAGCUCGACAACCUCGCCUGGUGCAAGCCCGGGAACCCCCUGGCCAAGCAGCACUCCCUCGAGGAGUACCGCGCCGCCGCCCACGCCGGCGCCGGGCCCGACUCGCCGCCCCUGCGGGGCUUCGUCUUCCUCGAGACGGACCGCAAGAACGGCGGCGACGGCACCGACUGGUCCGGCCCGCUGAUGGAGAUCGACUGGCUCCGGCGCAUCGCCGAGGGCAGGCCGCGGCCGGGGCAGGGCCACGCCGCCGCCGACGCCGCGCUGUGCCUCGGCGUCGUGCCCUGGGCGCCCGUGCACCUGGGCCCCGCGAGGCUGGCCGAGUACCUCGCCGAGGCGGAGAGGGCCGCGGGCCCGGCCGCCUGGCGGCUGGUCAAGGGGUUCCGGUACCUGCUGCAGGACAAGCCGGACGGGUCGAUGCUCAGGGACGAGCUCAUCGAGGGGCUCCGGCUCCUCGGCAGGAAGGGGUUCGUGUUCGACCUGGGCAUCGACCAGCACCGGCGGGGCAGGAUCCAGCUCGAGGAGGCGGUGGAGAUGAUUGACCGGGCGCACGAGGGCGUUCUGGAGGGGGAGAAGUGCGUCUUUGUCCUGACGAGGCCCCCUCACACUCUAGACCACAUGUGCAAGCCCGACGUGACCAUCAUCAACACGGCCGACCCGGCCUUCAUCGCCUGGCGCUCCGCCGUCUUCACCCUCGGCAAGUGCGACCACGUCUACAUGAAGCUGUCGGGCCUCUUCUGCGAGAUGAGCGACGCCAUGCGCGCCCGCCCCGCCGACGAGAUCUUCAUGGCCAUCCAGCCCUGGCUCGCCGUCGUGCUGGCCGCCUUCGGCCCCCACCGCAUCAUGUUCGGCUCCGACUGGCCCGUCUGCACGCUCGACAUGCCCCGCGGCGACGGCGACGGCGACGGCGACGGCGCCGCCAGCCCCUGGGUCAAGUGGCGCGACGUCGUGAGGAGGAUGUGCGACCUCGCGAGCCUCAGCGAGGAGGACCAGGCCAUGAUCUGGGGCGGCACGGCGGCGAGGGCGUACGGCCUGGAGAUCGACUAG